AUGAUUCACAAACAUUCAAGCGAACUUCGUGCUUUGAAUACUAUCCUUCCCACAGACUGCGUCCCCAGGGACACCUUCCAGAACAUCCAAGCCAGAGCGCACACCGAAAACAGCCCACGAGCACAAGUAGAGCUGGGUGAUAUCUUCAUGUACGGCCUCAAAGGCCAAGAACGUGACGCCUCUACGGCAGCGUACUUGUACCAGAAAGCUGCGACAGCCGGACUCCCCGAGGCGCAGACACAGAUGGGGAUGAUCAUGUACCAAAAUAUAUCCAAUGCCAUCGCACCUGGCAACCCUGACGCUCAGUCACUGACUCGUCCGCUGCCCGUGGAGCGGUGUCAGGCCGAUGCGAAGCUCACGUCUUAUCUACAGUAUCUGUGGGUUUACCUAAACGACGCGGCAAGCCAGGGAUAUAUAUCGUAUUUUGCAGUCACACAAACGCGCAAUGCGAAUAUUGUGAACAGCGGAGGCUCGUACGAGGUGCCUGAGAUCCUACAGACAGCCUUCGAUAAGAUAGGUGAAGAGGCGAACCAGAUAUUCCUGGAGAAAGCGGGGGAAGUGAACCCUCUCGCGUGCUUUAGUAAGGAAUGUCCAGUACUGGUGGAGAACGAGAGCAUGCUGAAGCUGUGCUCGAAGUGUAGGGUGGCGAAGUACUGUUCGAAGACUUGUCAGGUACAGAGCUGGAAGGCUGGGCAUAAGCUGGAGUGUUUAGCGCCUUUGUAA